UGAUGCUCACUAUUAAUGAAAAGGACUUAAAAAAAAUCAAAAAUGAAUUUCAGUGUUUUUGUGUGAGGCGUUUUAUUUUGAAGGAGCCGAGCGGAAGCUCUGCGCGACGCUGACUCCGGCUGCUGAUGCUGCGAUCGUGCUGAUGGAGGAACGACGGAGUCCGUGUUUGUCUCACCUGUACGACGUCAGUGAACUGAUCGGGUCAUCAGAUCGAUCUCAGGAGAUAUUUUAUUUUAUUUGUUUUGAACAAAUCGAUAAACCGCGCGGAGCCGCAGUUUCCUGAGGAGGUGAUGUAAUGACAGUAACUGUUACUGUCCAUGUUCAACCUGAUACAUCAGCUGAUCACCCUCUCCGAAUAGGUGUCACGUCAGCAGCACCAUGUUGGCCAGGAAGGGGCUCCUGCCGGACGGCUUCCUGCUGACCCGUCUGGCCGAGGACCAGAACCAGCCGAACCGCAGCCACUCCAGGUCCCAGCGAGCUCGCUUCAUCACCAAGAGCGGAUCCUGCAACGUGGCCCACAAGAACAUCAGGGAGCAGGGUCGGUUCCUGCAGGACGUCUUCACCACCAUGGUGGACCUGAAGUGGCAUUACUCCCUCCUCAUCUUCACCUCGGCCUUCCUCUGCUCCUGGAUGCUCUUUGCGAUGAUGUGGUGGCUCAUGGCCUUCGCCCACGGAGACCUGGAGCCUCGCGAUCCCGCCGGCGAGCCGGGACCCGUCCCCUGCGUCACCGCCAUCAACUCCUUCACCUCCGCCUUCCUCUUCUCCAUCGAAGUCCAGGUGACCAUCGGGUUCGGAGGCCGGAUGGUGACGGAGGAGUGUCCGCUGGCCAUCACCGUGCUGAUCGUCCAGAACAUUCUGGGUCUCAUCAUCAACGCCGUCAUGCUCGGCUGCGUCUUCAUGAAGACGGCUCAGGCCAACCGCCGCGCCGAGACGCUCAUCUUCUCCAGGAACGCCGUCAUCGCUCCUCGAAACGGGCGGCCCACCCUCAUGUUCAGGGUCGGAGACCUGAGGAAGAGUAUGAUCAUCUCUGCCACCAUCCAGCUGCAGGUGAUCCGGCGGACGGUGACGGCGGAGGGCGAGGUGAUCCCCGUGUGUCAGCUGGACAUACAGGUGGAGAACCCCCUGAGGAGCAACGGCAUCUUCCUGGUUUCUCCUCUGAUCAUCAGCCACACCAUGGAGCGAGUCAGCCCCCUGUACGAGCUGUCCGCCCAGUCGCUGGCCUCUGACGACCUGGAGAUCAUCGUCAUCCUGGAAGGUGUGGUGGAGACGACGGGGAUCACCAUGCAGGCCCGCACCUCCUACACCCCCGACGAGAUCCUGUGGGGGCGGCGCUUCGUCUCCAUCCUGACGGAGGAGGACGGUCGCUACUGCGUCGACUACUCCAAGUUCGGCAACACGGUUCCCGUCCGGAUGUCGUCGCUCAGCGCCAAGGAGCUGGACCGGACCAGGGGAGUCCAGGAGGGCGAGUCCGAGGCCCAGCUGCAGGGCUGGGGGUUGGUGCGAGCCGGCAGGGGAGGUUUCCGCCGAGGGGGGCGGACCUGGGACAGCUCCGCCCCUCAGCCCUGGUACGCCCCGUCAGAGACCCCGGUGGAGCAGAGGGGACAGAAGAAGACGGUGCACCUGGAAGUGAUUGGUCGACAGGUCGAAGACGACGGACACAGAGACACGACCGACUGAAACCAUGGAAACAGAAGGACUGAGGUCAUCGCACAGGUCACUGAUCCGUCCACACGCUGAGUGACCUGUGACGUGAUAUAAGAUUAUCUACAGGACUUUUACAUUAUUGUUCUAUCACAAAUGUUUUUGUCCUUAUUAUGAUGAUGAGACUAUCGACUGGAAACAAAGCCGAUUAAUAUUUGACUGUGAGAGAUUUCCUGGAGAUUUUGGUGAAUAUGAAUGUGAAUGUGAACAUGAAUGAUGUCGGAUCACAAGCUUUCGCUCCUCAGUCAGUGUGAUGUGAUUGACACAUGAUGUAGACGCUCAAGUCUCCAUUGUCCCUGUUGUUGUUGUGUUUCCUCCUCCUCUCCCAUCGUCAGUAAAAACCCAGAGAUUCUAUAGAUUGUCGUAUUAUGUCUGGUGAGAUAUAUAUAUAUAUAUAUAUAUAUAUAUAAUAUAUAUAUAUAUAUAUAUAUUUUCAUGUUGGUUCAUGUGUUGAGGUCCUCCGUGAUAUUCAUCUUCCGAGUUUGUCUCUGUCAGUCAGACAUUUUAUUUUUGAUGUUUAAUAAAUCUAUUUAUUAUUUUUUGCAGUGUUCCAGUGUGUUUCAGCUCCUCUCACUGUAUUUACAGUGUAGUUAUUAAACAAUAAGCUCCAUUAUCGUCACAAAAUAUGAGGCAGCAGACGACGAGAGGCUACUGUCUU